CUCGGAAGUGCGCGUUCCACGACUCUUCUAUCAGAUCAAAGCCCGCUGUAGCCGGCCACAUCACUGCCACUACAUUCGAUCCUUCGUCGCAUAUUGUACCUGGUGGGACGCCUCACCGAUCACACGUGCGCUGCAACAUGGCCUCCGAGUUCGGUAUAUCGUUGCGCAUCUCGUCCUUCCGCUGAAAACACCAUGGGGCAGUGCUGGGAGUUAGUUGACCUCGACGGGGAGGUCAUAGUCGGUGACUACGGCGGUGGGAAGCUAGGAGAAUGGUUCUGGGAAAACCAGUGGGGAAUCAUGGACGCUUUCAGAGUUCCUGUCUACGGCGCGAGGGUAGAUGAAUUGCUGCAGGGACCGAUGACGGAGCAGCCGGCUUGCGUCCUGCUCAGAUUGGUGCAAGACAACUUCAACCUCAUUCUAGAUGAACUUGCGAAGAAGGACUACGUGGCGCUGCUUUGCUAUGCCGUCACUUGCAAGGCUGCCCUUGCUGGAUGCCGCGAGUACAUCAUCGCCCACCAGCGCCGCCACUGCAGACCUCUCCUUGCAGGUCACCGUCUGGUCUGUAUCGGCGAAUACGCAAACCGGCCCUGGAAGCUUCCUCCGGAGAUGCUCACCGACGAGGAGGUGGAUGAGCUCGAGGCCUACGGGCGAAGUCACCAGGAGCUGCCUUGCCUCUUCUAUUACGCGCAACAUUACUUCGACAGGCUCCCCUCUCACGAGCUCGGAUUUCGAUCCGACGACGCGUUGAGAGCGCUCGAUGGGGUCGCGUAUCGGAGGCGGCGCUGGCAUCCCCAAGAUUGGGCCUUGGUCCAGAGCGUAGCUCGCCCCUGCUAUCCCGAAGACCGCCCGUGGGCGCUGUGCAACCUCCUGACGCUCGAAUACGUGCGGGAGGACGCUGCGGUGCAGCUAUGCGAGAGCCUCCCCGAUAACCCGUCCCGCUGGUCCCGGGGCGAGAAAGAGCGGCCUACGUUCUGGCACUUUCUGCUCGCCAACAUCUGCUGGUCGCCCGAUCCUACCAGCUCCAUGCCGUACAAUGAGGACGACCUGACGCAGGGACGCUGGGCAGGGGACUGGUUCGAAGUCACCUUGCUGGAAAACCUGCGACCUGCGUCGACGGACGAUGAGAACCAGUGGACGGAUGUGACGGAUGAGGUAGGGGCGCUGGUCAAGCGGAUGUGGGAGGCUCAGGUUGUGAAUGACAACGGCAGGGUAUAA